GCGGCCAGCAGCUUGUUUUGUUUUGCUUACACGACAGAUAAAUAACUAAAAUUAGCAAAAAAAAUUAUAAAUAUACUCUUAAAAUGAGUAGUUUAAAAUCGGACUUGGACGAAUACUUGCUGCUGCAGAGUGACCAAAAAAAAAGUUUCAGCGUUAAGCUGCCACAGCUGAAAGUUCCAUUUUUUACUAGGAAGUCGGAGCCGGAAGCAAAUAGUUGGCUUAAGGAUACGCAGGAUUCGUGUUGUCCGAAAUUGUCCCGCUUGCAGCGAAUUGUGGGUUUCGUUGCCUGUUUGGGAAUGGGAGGAUUGUGCAUGACUCUAUCCACAUUCUACAUCCCCGUGCUAAUCUUAAAAGCCAGAAAGUUCGCCCUGCUGUACACCCUCGGCAGCCUAUUCUUCAUCUUGAGCUUCUGUUUUCUGUCCGGAUUUGGAUCCUUUUUAAAGCAGAUGUUCUCGAAACCUAGACUGCUGACUUCUAUUUCGUAUAGUUCCUGUUUGCUUUUAACUUUAUAUUGCGCCUUGGUGGCCAAAAGCACCGCAUUCACUGUCCUUUUUGCAGUGACACAAAUAAUUGCCUUGCUUUUCAUGAUUCUGGGCAUGGUGCCCGGUGGAGCAACAGGGAUCAAGUUCUUUGGACAACUCUUCAAGAGCACCGUUUCGGCGUCAACAAGUGCGCUGCCUGUAUAAAAACGGGGAAAAAUAAAUGUUACACCACCGCAACGAAAAGUAACUUAUUAAACUCAUUAAUAAAUCCAAAAUAAAACUUAUUUGUGAUACAAAGCCUCUCAAAUGUAAAGCACUUAUUGUAUAAAUCAUUUAUUCGCGGGUUGAGUCACCAACAAAAAUUUUUCCAAAAAUCGAACGUAAUAAAAAUAAAAUAUGUAACAAGAGAAAA